AAUUAUAUAAAUAGUAAUAUAGAAUGGACCCAAUCACCAAUAAAAUAAAAGAACCAAGAUGAAUGACAAAAGCAAGGUUUAUUGAGUAACAUUUAGUUUAUAUUUAGUAUAAUAAGGGAAGUUAAAAAAAAAAAUAGAAGCAGAUAGGAUUUGAUUUAAUAAGUUUAUAAGAGUGGGAACCCGAUGUUUAUAUUAUGUAAAAGCUCGGAAGCUGAGGCAGCAUGUGAUAAAUUUGUCCCAAUCAGUCUCAACCCCCAACGCCGCAAUAAAGCAAAACAGUAGAUCUUUAGCAGCAGAUAUAUUCAUCCAGUUGCCAGAAGUUUGCAGGGAAAUAGAAAUUUGAGAGUUGGAGAGAUGAGGGUGAGAUCCUGGUUGGUGGAAUUGGUGCCAUUUGCAGCCACGGUGAGUGAGUGUGGAGCGCCUGGAUGUUGGCUUAACCACUCUCAGCAAAGCUGCCAUGUCCAAAGGAAUGAGCCACUUUGUCUUUGUUGUCUACUCAAAUGAUUUGGCUUCCAUCAGUCUCGUCCCUUGUGCUUUCUUCCUCACCAGGAAUAAGAGGCCACCGAUUACCUUAUCUUUUCUUUGCAAGUUUUUCCUCUUAAGCAUUGCUGGGAUUACUGUAAUGCAGAAUUGUGUAUUCACUGGUGCGGACUACAGCUCCCCUGCCCUUGCUUCUGCUCUUGCCAACUUAGUCCCUGCUUUCACUUUCUUGCUUGCUGUAACCUUCAGGAUGGAAAAGCUGGAGCGGAGAAGCUCAAGGAGUCGGAGGACUUUUCAUCGCUACUGUUUGUCAUAUUCAACAAGCAACAUCACUCAGGCGGCAAUCCUGAAGGGGUAUUCUUCGGAGAUAACAUUGGUGUCUUUCUAUUGCCUAUUCGGCUUCGCCCAAUGCACAAUAGUCACUUUGAUUGCUGAGAGAAGAAGAAGAGAA